AAUAAAUCUUUUAAAAAAAUAAAUAGGAAAAGGAAAAGAAAAACCAGAAUUUUAAUAAAGGAGGCCUAUCUCAUCUCUCAAUGCAUGGCAGAUACAUCUGAAAAAGUCAGAUCAUCAAAGAUCUUUUUUUUUUUUUUUACUUAGCAAGUAAAAAUCAAUAUAUGUCAAACUCCAUACCAUAAACAUAGAAGACAAUUCCUUUGCAAGUGCCUGUCAAACUUAGAAAAAUUUACCAAUUCAAAAACAUAAUUGCAGUAUAUUUUAAAACAAAAAUGAAAUGAUGUGUAAGGUUUUGCUAAAAGGAACAUUUAGUGUCAUACACAGUUAUUAUGAAAUAAGAAAUGAAAGGAAAUCAAUGAGGCAUCCAACUGAGGAAGUGAAAACAACUAUAAAGUAGUAAAGAAAUGAUGAAGUAAUUAGUAAAUAUUUCAACAGAAAAUAUUAAGUCAGAAAAAAGAAAAUUAGAACUGUUAAAUCUAGGAACUAGUUCUUUAAAGAAAAAAAAGAUUAAACACUGGGAGAAAACAUCUAUAGACAGAAUUAGCAGUCACUGGGGAAUGACAUUCCAGAGAAAAUUAAAACAAAUAUAAAAAAUAAUCUUUGUUAUCUCUGCCAAAAAAUUUUGAGAUCCUGGAUAAAUAUAUAUAAAUACUCUAAACACCAGUGGAGAUUAGAAAAAAGGCUAACUAUAAUAGGAGAAAUGAGGCUAACUAUAAUAGGAGAAAUUAAGAAAGUAGAUGGAAAAGCCAGUAUCACACUGAUACCACAUCAGGUAAAGCACAGAAAACCUUUAUAAACAUGGGGUUUAUGUAAAAAAUGCAGGGAUGGUUUAGCAUUAGGAAUUGUAUUUGAAUAUGGUAAACUCUAAACAUUAAAAGAAAAAAAUCCUCAUCUCGGCAGAUAUUGAAACGGAAUUUAACAAAUGAACAUCCAUUCACGACUUUGAAAAACCCUGAGUAAAGGUAGAAGUAGCUUCCUAAUGGUGUAACACUUAGAAGUUUUUCUAGUAAAGGAAAUGACAAACAAUCCCACUACCAAGCAUCGCUGAUGCUAUCGCAUGGUCUGUAAAUGUGAGUGUGUGAAACUAAAUAACAAGAUAACAGAAGCACAAAUAUUAGAAAGGAGUAGUGGUUUUUCCGCUAGAUACUGUAAUAUACCAGGGGGGAGAGAGAAGAGAAUGGAAAUGAAACAGAAUAAUUCAUAAAGAGCCUGGUACCGGAGUACAAUUAAAAAAAAAAAUAGCUUGAAGUUUGGGCGGGAAAGGCAGGCAGGCGAGAGCCGGGACGCACACACGCACACUUGCACGCUCGCACGCACACACGCACGCCUGUGGCUGUGAGCGGGGUCACGCAUUCUGGGGGCUCCAGGAAGUGCGUACCCUGGGUUACUAAAAACGCAUGCGUGAGUCAAGGCGCCUACGUCAGCCCCCAGAAGGCUCUACGCCACACAUCCCCUCAACCGCUGAAACCCGCGGCCCGAGCCUGCUCGCGGCGCACGUGCAGUUCGCGGGCGCCAAGCUUCUCUCAGCCACUGUCCCGGCCACUUUACGUCACUCACCUGCUUCCCCAGAGCCGGAGCCUGAGCCCAGCUCCCCGCCAUGGCCUCCAACGACGCUGCGUGUAAGGCGACCGAAGGCGCCGAGGGGUUCGCGGAGCCGCGCGUCAUCUGUGUGGAAGCGGUCCCCGUGGAGGUGAUGGCCAUGGAGACCAUCCGGGUGUACGAGGAUGUGAGCGGCAGUUGGGUCCACGGGGGCCACUACCAUCCGCCUCUGAUCGCACUGCAGCCGCUCCUCACCGGCGACCCGAGCCGCGGGGACCACGACCAGGAGGUGAUCUUGGUGCAGACGCGGGAAGAGGUGGUGGGCUACAGCGAGUCCCACGGCGCGCUGGCCAGCGACGCGGGCGGCCAGCCCUCAGGGCCGCCCAGCGAGGACGACCGCUUCCAGCAGACCCUGGCUUCCCUGUCCUACGCGGCGGCGCCCGCCCCGAGCCGCGGCAAAAAGACUGCCCGCGGCAGGAAGUACAGCGGCAAGAAGAGCCUUGCGGGCGGCGUGGGAGCCGGAAGCAGCAGCGCCAGCGCCACGGCCACCAACGCCGCCGCCGCCGCUGCCGCCGCCGCCGCAGAGAUGGGCAGCGAGUGGAUGCCCAGGGAGGUGCAGCUCAGAACCCUGGAGGAUGAGUUCGCGGUGUCCAUGUGGUCGGAGAGCAACGUGAACGACCUGGAGCCCAGAGAACAGGGUAAGGACCCCUCCCCCGAUUACUCCGAGUACAUGACUGGGAAGAAGCUUCCUCCUGAGGGGAUUCCUGGCAUCGACCUGUCUGAUCCCAAACAACUGAAGGAAUUCACUAAAAUGAAGCCCAAAAAGCCCAAAGAAGGCACUCCGAGGACAAUCGCCUGCCCGCACAAGGGCUGCUCGAAGAUGUUCCCGGAUAACUCCUCCAUGAGGAAGCACCUGCACACCCACGGCCCCAGGGUCCAUGUCUGCGCCGAGUGUGGCAAAGCUUUUGUGGAGAACUCAAAACUCAAACGGCAUCAACUGGUGCAUACUGGAGAGAAGCCCUUUCAGUGCACGUUUGAAGGCUGCGGGAAACGCUUUUCGCUCGAUUUCAAUCUGCGCACGCAUGUGCGCAUCCACACCGGAGACCGGCCCUACGUGUGCCCCUUCGAUACCUGCAACAGGAAGUUUGCUCAGUCCACUAACCUCAAGUCUCACAUGUUAACGCAUGCUAAGAAUAAAAAUAGCCAGUAAGAGACAAGGCCCCCCUUAAAUUCGGCAAGUGUCUUCCAGGAAUGGUUGAAAAUAUGUCUGUCUUGUUUAUCUUUUUUUCUAGGCUAGAAUUUUCACAUUGAUUCCUAUACAACUAAGGGUAAUGUUUUGAGAGAGUAGUAGAAAGUAAUAAAUUAAAAAAAAGUACUUCUAUAGGAUAACGUUGUUAAGUUGCCUUGCCUCGUUGUGUAAUUCUGCUUGCAAGCUUGGUGUUUUUGUAAAAUUUGGUCCCAACAGGAAAAUAAUUCAUGCACUUCACGUCAAAAGAUAGUUCUUUAUAAACUGCCAAAAAUGGGACUUUUCGCGUUCUUUUAAACAUGAAAUUCAGCUAGAGGUUACAGUAUUUAAAAUUCUGUAUUUUCCAAAUGUUCAUGUUUUUACUUUAGGAAUAUGUUUAGAAACUCUAUGUAUUUUGCUGAUUGUUGAUAACUUUGCUUGCUGUGGAUUUUCUUUGAAAAAAUGAAAAGUUGCAGAAAUACAUGAAGUCUUUUCAUGUUUAAAAAAGUUAUAUAGGUUUGCUAUCUUAAUUUUAGUGAAUGUUAACAAAUGUUAACUCAUUCUGCAUAACUUUUUGUUCCAUUGCAUUAUGCAGUAUUGAAUAUAAGAUGUGAUUGAAAUAUUACUCAGUUUAAACCUAUUUUAAUCCUUUUAUUUCCCCUAAAGUGAUGUCGGGUGCUAUUGUUUAGUAUAAUUUCUUUGCCCCCUCAUUUCGAGUAGUGUUCAAUUAUACACUAUAUUCUGUGUGUAUUGACUUUACCACUUAGUUUGUGUAUUUCAUAUAAUAGAAAAGGCAAAAAAUAAAGUGCCUGUUCUAAAGAAAAACAUAGUAACUUACCUGUUACCAUAGCUAGAAAAUAGAGAAAAUGGGAAGGGUGCUACUGGCAUCUGAAGGGUAGAAACCAAGGAUGCUUCUAAACAUCCCACAGUUUGUAAGACAGUCCCCCGCAGUGAGGAAUUAUCUGGCCCAACACACCAGUAAAUGCCAUGUUGAGAAACCUUAUAACAGAUUCCUUUGGUGUACUUAUAAAUAAAUUGUUAAUGGACAGGAUGUUCAAGAAACUGUGUGUGUUUUACUAUUGUUGUUUCCACUUAGUUCUCAUGAGCAAAUCUGGAAUCUAGAUGGGUGAUCAGGUACCACCUGCGGCGCUGACAAGAGAGGAGGCGGCCCAGAAAGUCAAGGAAUCAGUGCUGCCGUGUGCUCCCUGACUUAUUUGCAUGGGAAAAACCCCAGUUGGGAGGCACUAUCAUAUCCAUCUUGGGGAGUUGGUGGAGGAGGGUGGCAACCCUAAUCAG